AUGCGUUCUCUUCUUGUACUUUUGGCCCUCGUCGCUGUUGCCUACUCACAAAACCGCUUGAACUGCGGAUUCUCUUGCUCCCGCCGCACCGUCGUCAGCGCUAUCAUUGAUGGCCAGCCUGGAACUGCUACUUGCUCGGAGAACACCAGCCCAACCAGAUGCUCAGGAUGUUGCGAGGCUAGAGCUCUUCAAGAGGGACUUUCUGUGAACAACGCUGCUGGAUUCAUCUCCAACGACCAGAGAACCUGCGUCUGUUGCUUCAACAACACCAACAGAAACUGCCAAGGAGGAAACACCUUCUUUGAUGGAAAGUAA